AUGAAUUUUGAUUUGAAAGCUGCUAGAGAAAAGAGAAUGUUGCAAUUGAAUGAACUUGAGGAGUUAAGACUUUAUGCUUAUGACAAUGCCAAGCUUUACAAGGAAAGAACUAAGAGAUGGCAUGAUAAACACAUUAGGAAGAAAGAAUUUAAAGAAGGAUAUGUUGUUCUUUUGUUUAGUUCCAGGUUAAGGUUGUUUCUUGAAAAAUUGAAGUCAAGAUGGUCAGGGCCUUAUACAGUUACAAAGGUAUAUCCAUAUGGGGCUGUUGAAAUAGGAAAUGAAACUUUAGGAACUUUCAAGGUUAAUAGAUUUUUUUGUGUUACUGAUCAUGUUGCUUUAAAAGCUAUUUUUCAUGUUUCUUAUGCGGAUUUUGAGUCCUUAACAUGUACUUUAAAUGUUGCUGAUGAAGUUGCUUGA